CGCCGCCAGUGAUGGAGUUCACAAGUGGAAAUUUCAUUUUAAUAAAUAGAUGAAAUUAAAAAUAUUUAUACAGGACGAAGAAGUUGUCCUUAAGUAAAAGAAUUCACAAAUUUUUGAAACUUAGACAGAUUUUAUGAAUAAAGAAAAAAUCUAAAUAAUCCACCGACUUAUAAAACAAGUCAGAAACAUGUUUUUCAACUUCUGUAAUCGUUCUGAGGGCGUAUUCCGCAGUGAAUUUCGCAACCAGUUGUUAGCGACCCUAAGUGUUACCAUCAUCACAUUUUGCAAUGGCAUCGGCAUUGGUUGGUUCGCGCCCAUGCUGGCGAAAUUUCAGUCGCCCACUGAGAGUCCGCUUGAUUUCACCGCCUCCGUGGAGGAGAGCUCCUGGUUGGGUGCAUUUGUAUGUGCGGGAGGUUUUACUGGAAAUAUAAUCUUUGGAGUUCUUUUGGAUCUAAUCGGCCGUAAGCCGUGCAUUUAUUUGCUUGCUAUACCACAUAUGAGCUUAUGGCUACUCGUCUAUUUUGCGCCGUCUAUUGAAUACCUCUAUGCUGCGCGCUUCGCAUCUGGCAUCACUGGUGGUGGCACUUAUGUUGUAAUACCAAUUUUCCUAGGAGAAAUCCUCGAUCCAACCAUACGCGGGCGACUUACCUCAAUGUUCACGCUCACGCUCAACAUAGGCAUGAUGACGGGUUAUGUACUCUCCUCAUAUGUGCCAUAUCACAUCAUACCAAUAGCGGUGAUCUUACUGCCUUUGCUGUAUCUACUACUCGAAACCUUCUUCCCCGAAACGCCACCUUAUCUUUUGCACUGUGGCAAGGAAGCGCAAGCUGAGUUAUCACUGAAGUUCUAUAUGAAUUACAAAGCUUCAUCUAAGCUGGACAUCGAACAAUUCAACAUCAAAUUCACGGAAUUGAAAAGUGCGGCUAAACAUCAAAAAUCACAAACGGAUGCGGUAACAAUCCGCGAUUUCUUCACCAAAGGGGCACUGAAGGCCAUCGGCAUCGGUAUGACAAUGAUGUUCAUUAAUAUAUUCACCGGUAGUUUUGCGUUGCUCAGUUACAUGUCGACCAUUUUCGUGGCUGUCAAAACGCAAAUACACCCAGAUACGAAUACCAUCAUCAUUGGUGUGGUUCAAAUUGUUGGCUCUUACAUAGCCAUCUCUUUGGUAGACCGCUACGGUCGAAAAAUUCUGCUCAUCAUCUCCACAGCCACCACAGGUGCUUGCCUGGCCUCCUUCGGCAUGUACGCCUUCUUGGCUGAGGAAACUAGUGUGGAUCUAUCAGCAUACCACUCCUGGCUGCCACUUGUACUAAUGGCGCUUAUUAUAUUCACUGCCAAUGUGGGUUUAAUACCUGUACCUACUGUGGUAUUGGUGGAGAUUUUGCCCCCAAAGAUUCGCUCAAAAGCCGUUUCCUUCUGCGUAACAUUGCUGAGUCUUUUCGCCUUCAUUAUGCUAAAAAUUUUCCCACCAUUCAUGCACGCUUUCGGCUUGUCAGCGACAAUGUGGGCUUGUGCGUCAUUUGCUGCUUUUGGACUACUCUUCAUAACUGUAUGUGUGCCGGAGACCAAGGGAAAAUCCAUGAAUGUGGAUGACGAGAAAUAAAGACCGAAACCGUUCGUUUUUUGUUUUCUACGAAUUGCAAUGAAAUACAGAAGUUUCAUAACUAUGUAAACAGUGCUUAAAGGGAUCUGGACAUACAGCCAUACAUAUAUACACACACACGCAGUGUACUAAGCUGAAGUAAAUCUGUGUUAUCACACAAUCAAGCGUAAUAUUCCUAAAGAUGUAGAUAAAUGAGUGCGCAUUUUUCUGUUCUAUUUUUAUACUAAGACAUUUUUUAAUUUCGAAUAAUUAAACGAGUUUCUCUUUUUGGUGAUUA